CAGCUCCGCUCAGCCCGAGCGAGCGCAGGCAGGCGGGCUGGCGGCCGCGCGGCGGCUCCGCUCCGUUCAUUCAUGAUUGGCAAUCCGUACUGAUUUCUUCUUUUCCGGGGACGGGAGGGGCAGGGUCCGGGGUUCCCAAGUCACACUCAAGUCCUCGCUGACAUGGGGGCUGUCAUGGGUACCUUCUCAUCCCUGCAAACCAAACAAAGGCGACCCUCGAAAGACAUCGCCUGGUGGUAUUACCAGUAUCACAGAGAUAAGAUUGAAGAUGAGCUGGAGAUGACCAUGGUUUGCCACAGGCCUGAGGGACUGGAGCAGCUGGAGGCCCAGACCAACUUCACCAAGCGUGAACUUCAAGUCCUUUAUCGGGGCUUCAAAAACGAGUGUCCCAGUGGCGUGGUCAAUGAAGAAACAUUCAAGCAGAUCUAUGCUCAGUUUUUUCCUCAUGGAGAUGCCAGCACGUAUGCCCAUUACCUCUUCAAUGCCUUCGACACCACCCAGACGGGCUCCGUGAAGUUCGAGGACUUCGUGACGGCUCUGUCCAUUUUACUGAGAGGAACUGUCCAUGAGAAAUUAAGGUGGACAUUUAAUUUGUACGACAUCAAUAAAGAUGGCUACAUAAACAAAGAGGAGAUGAUGGACAUUGUCAAAGCCAUCUACGACAUGAUGGGGAAAUACACCUAUCCUGUGCUCAAAGAGGACACUCCCAGACAGCACGUGGACGUCUUCUUCCAGAAAAUGGACAAAAAUAAAGAUGGCAUCGUAACUUUAGAUGAAUUUCUUGAAUCCUGUCAGGAGGAUGACAACAUCAUGCGGUCCCUCCAGCUGUUCCAAAACGUCAUGUAACUAAGGACACUCAGUCAUCCAGCUCUCAGAGACACUGUACCAAAUAACCACCUUGACACCCUGGUCUGCUCUUCUGACUUGACACACCAGUUCUUGGGACAGAAACAUCUUUUACACGUUGGAAGAACUCCCUGCCGAAGGCUUUCUACACAACCCAGCAUCACACGGCUCGGUCUCUGAUUGCCAGCUCUCUGCCUCCUUCUUAUGGAGACAGACAAGCUGAAAUUUGAGUUUGCUCUGGAAGCAUGUCCUUCUCUUCACACUGCUGCCCUACGGAAGGCCCAUUUGCUUGAGCUUAGAAAAUAGUACACAAUUUUUUUGUUUUCGCUUACACAUCCCCCAGCCCUUUGCCUCCAACUCAAGCAAGCCCUAAUGAAUCUGGAAGCCAGGGGGCCUGAGCCAAAUGCACACCUCCCUCUGAUGGCCUCCCAAACCAAUGUGCCUGUUUGUCUUCCUUGGGUAGGAAAAACAGAGUGUUAUACAGAAAAAAUGAAGCCUACCAUGACUAGACUGGGAGAGGCAACACCUCACACACAGAGAAUAGGACCGAAUGAUUAAGCAUGGCAUUGUCUGAUGAUCCAAACUGCCUGGCAUGAUCUGUUUCCAGAGGGGCGGAUCAACAAUUCUCCCACACUAGCACCUGCGUUGGUGGUGUGAUUCCCUUUAACAUGCCCAGGAAGGGAGCCAUUGCCCGGUGAUCCAUCCCUCCCUUUCCAUCCCCUGCUCAAGCCCAGCACUGCAUGCCCCUCCCGGAAAGUCCAGAAUGCCUGCAAGAUGCUGUACUUUUAUACCAUGUUCUAACCAAUAAACGGAUCUAUUUCUUA